AUGUCUGGGGUCAACGGUACAUUUCGAGGAACGCCAAAUAGACGCGGCCAACUCCCGUUUACCGACAGUCCUUCCAAUAUCCCCCGGCCAAAGUUGGAUUCCACCAAUACUACGGCCCCGAGCGAGAUGUCCGGCACUUCGACACUGUCUGCCAGUCGGCAGAAGCAGAGCAAGAGAGACGAGGCCAUUCGACGCAAAAUGGAAGCAGACCUCAGCAAGAAGAGGCAAGUCCCCUCUCGCGCUCGAAAUACUCGUAAAGCUCCUCCCGGAACCGUCCUUGCCCUGAAACCGAGCCAGGCCCUGCAGAUCAAGCCCAGCACCACCGUUGCGGAAGCUGCUCAGCUCAUGGCUGCGAAGAGAGAGGAUUGUGUGCUUGUGACGGACGAUGACGAGAGGAUCGCCGGUAUCUUCACGGCCAAAGAUCUUGCCUUUCGUGUUGUUGGGGCCGGAGUCAAGGCCAGCCAGAUCACCAUUGAACAGAUCAUGACCAAGAACCCUUUGUGUGCGAGGACCGACACUAGCGCGACCGAUGCUUUGGAUCUUAUGGUGAGGAAGGGAUUCCGACAUCUCCCUGUCAUGGACGAGAAUCAAGACAUCUCGGGUAUCCUGGAUAUUACCAAAUGCUUUUAUGAGGCUAUGGAAAAGCUGGAGCGAGCUUACAGUUCCUCACGGAAGUUGUAUGAUGCCUUGGAGGGUGUUCAGUCCGAGCUCGGCUCAAGCCAGCCUCAACAAAUCAUUCAAUACGUGGAGGCCCUUCGUAUGAAAAUGUCCGGACCUACACUGGAGUCGGUGCUGAACGGCCUUCCACCAACGACUGUUUCGGUUAGGACAUCGGUCAAAGAGGCUGCUCAAUUAAUGAAGGAGAACCAUACGACCGCCGUCCUGGUGCAGGACCAAGGCUCCAUCACUGGUAUUUUCACGAGCAAGGAUGUGGUGUUGCGAGUCAUUGCGCCGGGUUUGGAUCCAGCCAACUGCAGCGUGGUCAGAGUCAUGACGCCUCAUCCCGAUUUUGCACCUUCGGACAUGAGUAUACAAGCAGCUUUGAGAAAGAUGCAUGACGGGCACUAUUUGAACCUGCCAGUCAUGAACGAGACUGGCGAGAUUGUCGGCAUGGUUGAUGUCUUGAAAUUGACAUAUGCGACGCUUGAACAAAUCAACACCAUGAACACCGGAGAAUCUGAAGGACCUGCAUGGAAUAAGUUUUGGCUCUCCAUGGACAACGACACAGAGUCUGUCAUGUCUGGAGAGGGCAGCCAUCGCCCAACAACGCCUGGCCAUCGCUCGGUCCUUGACUCUGAACAUCCUCGUCCACCGUAUGAAAGAGGUGAUAGUGUUAUGCCCCAUGAUUCGGCUUCCCACCACGGAGGAGAUGUGCUCUCAGAGGUGAUCCCCACCGUUGAAGCUCCUGAAGAAACACCAUUCCCAUUCAAAUUUAAAGCCCCGAGCGGCCGAGUCCAUCGCGUCCAGGUGGUCGCGAAGAACGGGAUUACUGAACUUGUCAGCUCUGUUACAGCGAAACUUGGCGCUGAACUUGAAGCCGUCGGAGGUGAAGCAACAGUUGAGGAUGGUACAUUGGGCAAAUCUGGAUACGCUUUGAGUUAUAUGGACAAUGAAGGCGACACAGUCUCCAUCACAACCGACCAGGAUCUUCUCGAUGCGAUUCUCCUUGCUAGACAAAGUAAGAGAGAUAAAGUUGAUCUGUUCGUCCACGAUCCUGCGCAGCCACCGAUUAUUGCAACCAUCGAUCCUCGACCACAGCUGUCGAAGCCUCCCACACCACCCGAGUCCGUCAUGAAGGAGGCACACGCAACGGACAAUGCAGACAGUGACGAAGAAGAGGCCGUUCCAGCCAGGACAAUACGGUCGAAACGAGCACCAGCUGCGUCAAUAUAUCAGUCAGAGGAACCGCAGUAUAUCGCUGGUGUGCCUAACGAUUUGCUAUUGCCUGGAGCAAUCGUGACUCUCGCAGUUGUCAUCGUUGGAGUCUUCACCAUCAGUCGCGCUACAUCGAAAUAA